UUACUUACAAACAAUGGCGGAUACUAAACCAUUGCUUCCGGCAGCAUCCGACUCCGAUUCGUCAUCUGAAACAGUGUCUCCUAUAAACCGACUGAAACCCAUCAAAGUUUAUCUUACCAUCUUCUUUGGAUUGUUAGCGGCAGGCUUGUUCGCGGCAUUGUUGAUAGGAAACCAUAGGUCAGGUAGUGCUCAUUUACGUGGAAAUCAGAAUGGUUCAUUGGCUUCGUUCGCCUCCCAGAAACUGAAACCUCAACCUUUGCGGCCGGUAUCACGUGGUCCGGCUCAAGGAGUAUCGGAGAAGACAAGCGGGAUUUGGGCCAACGUCCCCAGGGAUAUCUUGCCAGAGCCAUGGAACAGUAGCAUGUUGGUAUGGCAAAGAACGGCUUUUCAUUUUCAACCUGAAAAGAAUUGGAUGAAUGAUCCAAAUGGUCCAUUGUUCUAUAAUGAUUGGUAUCACUUCUUCUACCAAUACAAUCCCAUUGGUGCCGUUUGGGGUAACAUUGUUUGGGGUCAUGCUGUAUCCAAGGACUUGAUUAAUUGGUUUCACCUCCCAUUGGCGAUGGUUGCAGACCAAUGGUAUGACAAAGACGGAGUCUGGACUGGUUCUGCAACAAUCCUUCCUGAUGGAAAAGUUGUUAUGCUAUAUACAGGAUCCACCGCCGAGGCUGUUCAGGUUCAAAACCUUGCUUAUCCUGCCAACCUCUCCGACCCUCUUCUCAUCAAAUGGGUUAAGUACGAAGGGAACCCGGUUCUAGUUCCACCCCCAGGCAUCCAUAAGAAGGAUUUCCGUGAUCCUACCACCGCCUGGAUGACCUCCGAAGGGAAAUGGCGCAUCACCAUAGGGUCCAAGAUAAAUAAAACUGGCAUAUCUUUGGUAUAUGACACAAAAGAUUUCAUAAACUACGAGAUGUUACCUGGGGUGCUUCAUUCUGUACCCGGGACUGGCAUGUGGGAAUGUGUGGACUUCUUCCCUGUUUCGAUAACAGGAAAAAAGGGGUUGGACACAUCCGUUAAUGGACCUGAAGUGAAGCAUGUUGUCAAGGUAAGCCUCGAUGAUGACAGACAUGAUUACUAUGCUAUCGGGACGUAUCAUGAGAUUAAUGGUUCUUGGAUUCCUGAUGAACCUGAAAUCGAUCUUGGUAUCGGAAUAAGGUAUGAUUAUGGAAUAUUUUAUGCUUCCAAGACUUUCUAUGAUCAGAACAAAAACAGAAGGAUUCUGUGGGGUUGGAUUGGGGAAACAGAUAGUGAAGUUGUGGAUAUGGAGAAAGGAUGGGCAUCUCUCCAGGCCAUACCAAGGACGAUAUUGUUUGACAAUAAGACUGGUACUAAUUUGCUUCAAUGGCCAGUAGAAGAAACAGACAAUUUAAGGUUGAACAACACCGAAUUUAAUAAGGUUUCGGUCGAGACAGGAUCAGUUGUUCCUCUUGAUGUUGGACCAGCCUCACAGUUGGAUAUCAUAGCCGAGUUCGACGUAGAUGAAGAAGCUUUGAAAAAAGCAAACGAAGUCCAUGUACCAUUCAGCUGCAAAACCAGUGGCGGAGCUGCCGAACGUGGAGCAUUGGGACCAUUCGGUCUUUUGGUGCUCGCAGACGAGAGCCUCAGCGAACAAACUCCGGUGUACUUCUACAUCGCCAAAGGUUCCGAUGGAAAACUCAAUACUUUCUUAUGCAAUGAUCUAUCUCGAUCAUCUAAAGCAUCCGAUGUUGAUAAACAAAUUUUUGGGAACUACGUUCCAGUGCUGGAGGGCGAAAAAUUAUCCCUCAGAAUAUUGGUGGAUCAUUCGAUAAUCGAAAGCUUUGGUCAAGGUGGAAGAACAGUGAUCACAUCCAGGGUUUAUCCGACCGAAGCAAUCUAUGGAGCUGCUAAAGUGUUUUUAUUCAACAAUGCUACUGAGACCAAUGUUACUGCCUCACUUAAGAUCUGGCAAAUGAACUCCGCUGUCAUUGGGCCCUAUCCAGUUGACGACGACGAAAAAGAUGACGACCAAAAAUCUUUAGCCCCUUCCUCGCGUUUCAUUUUAUGCCCUAUCAAUUAUAUUGUGUCAUGUCUCACUUUUCUCUAUUUUAUAUCACAUAUCAAAAUUUAA